AUGACAUCGAGAAGAUCAGGGUGUUCUUCAAGACUUUUGUGACCGAGUACGAGGAGCUCUACUACCAGAACAACUUCGAUAGACUACAUGUCUGCCCUUCGAGCCUGCAUAUGGUUCUUCACAUUGCUGAUUGCAUCGAGUACUUGGGACCUUGCUGGGUAUUCUGGGCAUUUGCGAUGGAGAGGGUUUGUGGCAUGGUUGUGCCUCAAGCCAAGUCGAAAUCCGAGUUGAACACCAGUCUUGCCAACUCUGUGCUGUUGGGUGAGCAGCUGAAGCACUUCCAGUACGUGCGACAGACCUCCCCCAUGUUCUGCUCCUUUCUGUGGGACCCUGAUGUCACUCGAUCGUUUGCUAUGGAGUGCGAGAAUGGCUGGUUUGUUGCUCCCGAGAGGAUACUGCACUUGUCUCCACAAGCUCAUCGAGAUCUCAUCCUCUACUUCCACUCUACCAUCACUGGAACAGCCCGAACUCUACCAGCAUCCGUUGAUACAGUACCUCGCAGAGUCUUCGGGUACAAACGCUUCAAGCUGUCAAAUGGACGUGACAUGCUCGGUUCUGCCUUCAGUCAGAGGAGAUCAGAUCAGACUCCUGCCUCGAACAUCAUCCUAUACAUUCAGGAGACUGAAGGUGUUUACGAAGUCUUCUUUGGUGAGGUGCUGGCCUUUGCAAGACCUGAGUUCAAUGCAUACGGGCCUGCCCACCGUCGAAGGAAGAAGUUCUAUGUUGCUGAUGCCAGACCUUCGGGGAAGCUGUAUGAAUGGGUGCAUGUUGGUGCCAUUGAACGAUUAGUGGGUAAUCUGAGUAUGAAGGCAUUAUCAAGUGAGGCUCGGCUUGGGAGGAAGCCGGUGUGGAUCAUAGAUAGGCAGACUUCUGCUUGGAACAGUACUACUAAUCUGAUUGCUGACAUGUGA